AUGGAAACUGAGAAAACAGUGCUUUCAAUUCAAUCCCAUGUCACGCAUGGGUAUGUUGGGAACAAAGCUGCAGUCUUUCCCUUGCAGGUCCACGGCUUUGACGUGGAUCCGGUGAACACCGUCAGCCUUUCCAACCACAGCGGCUACCCCAUCAUCCGUGGCCACCGUAUGGACCUGGCGGAAUACCUUGUGCUGAUGGAAGGGCUCCGCGGGAAUGACUUUCUAAAAAGUUAUCAUUAUCUCCUCUCGGGCUAUAUUAACAAUAAAGAGAUUGUUUGUUAUCUCAGUGAAACCGUCAAUGAGAUUCGGGAAAGCCGUCAGAAGGCUGGGUUGGGGGAGCUGCGUUACAUCUGCGAUCCGGUCUUGGGCGAUAACGGCGUGCUGUACUGCAAGAACGAGGUCGUGGAGGCCUACCGGAGCAUUCUACACAUCGCGGACGUGCUCACGCCGAAUUACUUCGAAGCCUCCGUCCUCAGUGGGGUCGAUGUGAAGGAUUUGUCGUCCGCCAUCACGGCCGCGGAGUGGUUCCACACUAAAGGAACCGCCUGCGUGGUGAUUAAAUCCUUCCCAGUCCUCGACGACCCUUCGCAGCUCCAAUUUUUGGUAUCCAUCGCCGAACGAAACCCGAAGGAUCGCUCGCUAGUGCUCCCACCAAAGAUGUUCACCGGGAAGCUCCGCCGUUUCCAGGGGCAUUAUACGGGAACGGGUGAUAUUUUCGGCGCCUCGUUGUUGGCCUUUUAUCAUAACCAUUCGUUGGAAACGGCGGUGGGGAAGGCGAUGUCAGUUUUACAGGAUCUGAUUAAGACGACCUACGAGCGCUGUGGUGGGGAAAAGGCUUCGCUAAGCGCCCGUGAGCUGCGCGUUACGGACUCCACGGAGUCCCUUCUCCGCCCAAAAGCAAAGGUUCUGGUUGAGCCUUUGGAUAGAAAUGCCUGA